AUGCUACACUUUAUUAGCUGCAAAACGCGGUCAAAUAACUUAUUUGAGCGGACGAACAUAGCGUCGACACUUGCGGGAUAAUAAGCAGAUAUGACAGCGUGCACGGCGUGUGUUUUAUUUAUCGGAUAAAUGAGAAGAAAUGACCUCAAGUACAGAACGGAGUGUGUACUCCCAUUUUAGUCAAGGCCAAGCGGAAGGACAGACUGUUGGGCUGUCCAGUGAAGCAAUCCUGCCAUGCGUGAAUACAAGCUCGUGGUGUUAGGCUCUGGAGGUGUGGGCAAAUCCGCUCUGACAGUUCAGUUUGUACAGGGAAUCUUUGUGGAAAAAUAUGACCCUACAAUAGAAGACUCGUACAGAAAGCAAGUGGAGGUAGACGGGCAGCAAUGUAUGCUUGAAAUUCUUGACACAGCAGGCACAGAGCAGUUCACAGCAAUGAGGGACCUGUAUAUGAAGAACGGCCAAGGCUUUGCCUUGGUAUACUCCAUCACAGCACAGUCCACCUUCAACGACCUCCAGGACCUGAGAGAACAGAUUCUACGAGUAAAGGACACAGAGGAUGUGCCAAUGAUCCUGGUGGGGAACAAGUGUGACUUGGAGGAUGAGCGUGUGGUGGGGAAGGAGCAGGGCCAGAACCUGGCCAGACAGUGGAACCACUGUGCCUUUUUAGAGUCUUCUGCUAAGUCAAAGAUCAACGUCCUCGAUAUCUUCUAUGACCUGGUCAGACAAAUAAAUAGAAAAACGCCAGUGGAAAAGAAGAAGGCGAAAAAGAAAUCCAACUGUAUCCUGCUUUAAAGACCCCCACCCCCAGCCCCUGCAGCAGCUCUGAGCCAGAAAUGCUGUAAUGAAGAACUGUUGCUCCGAUUGGAACGUGCCAGCAUUCCAACAGCCCCGACCCCUUCCCUCCAUCAGCUAUAAACGGUGACUGACUGAACUGAUCAUAUCGAAGAUGAGGAUGAGACGAGAGAUGGAGAGAAUAAAAAGAAAGACAGUAAGAGAGAAGACUGGUCUCUCCCCUCUGAGGACUUCCCUCUGACUCAAUUUCAGUGUGAACCCUGAACAGACGGUCUCCAUUUCUGCAUCAACCAACACCACAAACUGAUGAUGAUGAUGAUAAAAGCCCAGCAAAGCAUCUGAAAGUAUAUUUAAAAAGUGUCCAUGAGCUGCCUCUGUGGCCCGAAAGCAGCCCCCUAAUUUUCAUUUUUUGAGAGUUUAACAGGAAUAACAGCAAUGCAUAAGGAAGACAAACUCGGAUUCAGUGUUUCACAUCUUUUUCAAUACUGCGUUUGAAAGACAUGGAAGUUGACCUCUUUAGUUGUAUGAUUAUAAAUAUUCUUCAAAAACGAGCAUGAAAACAUGGAUUAGUUAUUCAGUGUAGAUGUUUUCAAGUGGAAAAGAGAUUUUUAUAGCCAUACACAAAUUCUCCAUGCCUGUCAUGUCAAUGAUGAUAGAGCAAGGUUUAUAUGUAUUAUUAUUUUUAUUGUAUAUUUUUCUUAGUUUGCCCAGUUGUUCAUGAACUUCUCUUCUGCAAAUAUCUCUCUGAUGUGACUUAAUUUUAUACUCAGUCACUGGGAUUUCAUGGCUCCUAUAAUAUAUUCUCAUGCCAUUUUUUUGCAUAAUAAUGCUUCAGAAAGUCUUUUAUAGAAGAAAUAAAGGAUUGAUUUCUAUGUCUCUUGAAGCCGAAAUAUAUUAUACUAAACCAACUCUAAUGAUGCUUCUUGUUUUUCUGUCAGUGAUGUUCCAGCUUUUAUGGAUUAUUAAACUGCAUUUUAGUACAUUUUCA